CGCUUGUGAGGCCCGGAUGGAAGCCGGCGCGCUCCCAGGUGGGAAGAACUAGUCAGGAGUCAGAGAGGAAGGGCCUGGCGUUUCCAGGGGGCGGGACGGUGGGCUUCCGGCUCCUCUCUGCCACUCCAAAGAUCGGGGCUUGGCUCAGCAGUGAAGAGGCCGCCUUGCCUUGGAGGAGCCUCUCGGCGGAGGGACCCAAAGCCUCCUCGAGGAGCCGAUGCCCCUGUCUUCUGAGAUGCACCCUGUGCUGAAAGCCUUUGUUUGUGGUUCCAUCAGUGGGACGUGCUCUACCCUGCUGUUCCAGCCUCUAGACCUGCUUAAAACUAGGUUGCAGACCUUGCAACCUGCUGUCAAUGGGUCAGGUCGUGUUGGGAUGGUAACUCUGCUCUUUAAGGUUGUUCGCACCGAAAGUAUACUGGGACUGUGGAAAGGUGUUUCUCCUUCCUUUGCAAGAUGUAUUCCUGGUGUGGGGAUUUACUUCAGUACUUUAUAUAUGAUAAAACAGCAUUUUCUGCUGGAUCGGUCCCCUACGGCGCUAGAGUCUGUUUUUCUGGGCGGAACUUCACGCACAGUAGCUGUUGUUUGUAUGUUGCCUAUCACUGUGGUGAAAACACGGUAUGAGAGCGGACGGUAUGGUUAUGAAAGCAUACAGGGUGCCCUCCGAAAUAUCUAUCGAUCAGAAGGCAUUCAAGGCUUAUUUAGUGGCCUGGCAGCAACACUCCUCCGUGAUGCACCUUUCUCUGGCAUCUAUCUGAUGUUCUACGUACAGACCAAAAAGAUAGCUCCUUUUGACCAACUUGAUCCAGCACUUGUGCCUCUUGUGAACUUUGGCUGUGGAAGCAUUGCUGGGAUUCUGGCAUCGUUAGCUACUCAACCUGCUGAUGUUAUAAAGACGCAUGUACAACUGUCAUCCGAAAAAUACCUUCGGACAGGCCAGGCAAUUUCCUUAAUCUUCAGGGACUAUGGAUUGACUGGCUUUUUCCGUGGUGCCGUCCCAAGGGCCUUGCGGCGCACACUGAUGGCAGCAAUGGCAUGGACUGUAUAUGAACAGAUGAUGUCUAAAAUGGGGUUGAAAUCCUGAAUGGGGCAACUUGGACUGGAGAAGUUUGUUUGAAGAAGAUGGUUUGCUCUUCUGGUCACUAUGAUUCACUAGCUGGGAGCUGACUUAUUCUCAUAGAUAUGGAAACAUUAUAGAUUCCUGAGAUGAAGAACCACGGACUUCAAAUGUAGCAAGAUGUGAGAAUCAUUCCAGGACAACUAUCUUAAUGGACUUGGAAAAGUACACAACCUGUUGUGUGCAGGUCUAAAUGAAGACUGAACUUCUUCAGAGAAAUUUAUUUGAAAAGUCCUCCUCAUCCAAUUGUUCUGAGAAGCUUUUUAAAAGAAUUCAAAAACAAGAGUGUAGCCAGUUGAGACUUUUGAUUCUAGCAAAGACAGUACUUCCCUUGUAGCUUCAGUCUUCAUAACUGUGUAAUGCCUCUUCUGUCUGGCUAUAUCUUCAAUAUGUAUUUAUUGUACAUCCACAAAAGGGUAUGUCUUGCCAAAAAUUAUGGAAAUGUCAUUUCGUGCAUUCAUUGUUUACUGCAGUGGUUUGUAUACUAAGCGUUAAGAGUGGGUUAACCUUGUGCCUGACAGCAACACUGUGGGAAAUGAUCACAUUCCUUACAGCAGGACUGGGGGUUGUGUGGCUCUGUAGAUAUUAGUGGGCUGCAUCUCCCAUGAUUCCUCAACAUUUAUUGUCCUGGCUAGAGAGCUGCAUGUUCCCUGCUCCUGUCUUAUGGGAAACGAUUAGUGUUAAAUACUUCGAUAUAUUAGCACUUCAUUUACAUAAAAGCCCUUUAUUAAGCACAUCUAAAGGUUUUUGUCCUUCCUUUAGUGCUUGAAAUAUACCUCUUUUUAAUCAUUUAAGCUGGCACAGAUUCUUCUCAAGCUAAGGCAUUAUCUGUCUAAACCAGAGGAGCAGAUGUUAUUGGACACCUAUGCCCAUCAACCCUGGCUAGCAUCAUCAGUAGUCAGGGGUCAGAACACUGAAGUUCUAGUCCAAUGUUUGGAAAUCCUUUCAAAUGUCUCAUUUCAUGGUCUAUAAAAAUGUUGCUGUCAGGCUGCUCACUAGCUGACCAUUGCUUUUUACUGUGCAUUCUUUACUCCAAAGAUCAGCCUUGGAGAUUAUAUUGUAGUAUUAUAAUUGUUUUAGGACAACCUGCAGAUGUGCCCAUCAUUCUCAGCCAGCAUCUCCAAUGCCAAAGCGAUGUAUAUGGCAGCCUGGCAUGCUUGAGGAAGGUUGUUUGAAUAUGGAUGAGGACUAUAACACCUUCCUUAUUUGACUGUAAGUCCCAGAUAGCAUUCAGUAGUUAAUGAAUGAUGGGUCUCACAGUGGAACAGCAGCUGAAGCACUGUACAUUGAGCAAGGUGGUUUUAGAAAAAUAGCUUGGAGUGGACAAGAAAUAUAAAACAGAGGAAGAAAAUCAUUUGAAAUAAUGACAUGAUUAUAAUCGUAUAGCAGGGCUUCCAUGUUAGUGAGAAGCUUCCUUAAGUUUCCCAAAGAUGUGAAACUUGAUGCCUGAUUAGAGAACUUGAAUAUUUGAACCAUGACUCCAUUUGAUUUCUGAGUGUCUUCAGCCAUCUGUUUUGUUAUUAAAGCAAUGGAUAUUUUUUGAAAAAAA